AUGCCAGAAACCCAUCGAUCGGCAUUAUCUCUGCCAACAGGAUAUUCCAAGCCCAAGGACAAUAAAUGGAAGAAACUUUAUGAAAAAAUUCCUCAUCAUCAAUCCAGCAGUGGGCAUAAGAUGUGUUAUGUAGAAUGGAGACGAUUAGAAGAAAAUCUCAGAGAUAAUACAACUAUCAAUUUUCUACUAAAUGAUAAUAUAAAGACAGAAGUGGAAAGAUGGAGGCAAAUACUUCGUAGAGUAUUAGAUGUUAUCUUGUUUUUGGGUGAAAGAGGUCUUGCAUUUAGAGGCGAUAGUCAUCUAAUUGGUGACCUCAAAAAUGGGAAUUUUUUGGGAAUUAUUUUUGGUCAUUACGAUUCCAUUCUACAUGAUCAUCUCGAAAAAAAUGAGUUUAUUCAGUGCUGUGCAGAUAAAGUCACAGAUGUGAUAUUAGAUGAGAGGGAGAAAUGCAAAUAUUUUUCAAUGAUUGUGGAUGCAACGCCUGAUACAGCUCAUAUUGAGCAAAAUGCUUUUAUUUUAAGAUACGUCCUACAGGACAAAUUGACAGGAAAAUAUGAGGUAAAAGAGAGAUUUCUGGAAUUUGUAGAUUGCAAUAAAAAAACUGGUGAAGAUAUUGCAAAUAUAAUUAUUUCUACUCUUCAGAAACAUAAAAUAUCACUGAUGUGCUGUCGUGGACAAGGAUACGACAAUGGGAGUAAUAUGAAAGGUUCAGUCAAGGGAGCACAAGCUCGAAUUCUUCAACAUUAUUCACUUGCUACUUACUCUCCCUGUGCUUGUCAUAAUUUAUGCGGUGCACAAGCUGCUGAAUGUUGUCCUCAAGUGAUAACUUUCUUUGGGAUAGUGCAAAAACUGUAUAACAUAUUUAGUAGUAGUCCUCAAAGAUGGGAAAUUUUUUAUAAAAAUAUUGGUUCGUCUCUUCAUAGCAUGUCCAAAACGCGCUGGUCAGCUAGAGUAGACUGCAUUAAGCUAUUCGCAACCUACCUUCCUGGUAUAAUCAAAUCAGUAGCUGAUAUAAGGAACCUAAAUUUGUCUAUAGAAAAUCGUGCUGAUCUGAAUGGGAUUAUUUCAUAUAUGGAAUCGUUUGAAUGCAUUCUGAUGUCCACUAUAUGGUUCAAAGUACUUACUGCUAUCAAUUACACCAAUCUUGUUUUGCAAGCACAGAAUGCUACACUGGAUGUAGAAGUGACCAACAUCAAACGACUAAUUGAUGAAUUAAAAACUCUUCGAGAUAAAUAG